UGGGGGAGGGGCGCGGCGCGCCUGAGGGGUUCGGGCCGGGACUGUCGGGAAAGGCCGUUGCAUCCGGGUCUUUGUGAGGUAAUUUGACCGCCCACGACGCUGCUGUGGAGAUCGAGGGCGCCGACGCCGGCUGGAUUCUCGGCCAGUUUGCCUCUCUUCAGUUGGGAAGCUGAGAAACCGGAACUGGCGCCAUACGUGCUCUAGCGACCUCGUGGUCUCCGGCCUCCGGUCUAGAGCCUGUUGAAGGAUCUUGACGUCACCGGCGGCGAAGACACGAGUGAAUGAAUGUUCAAUUUUAUGACAGAAUUGGGUAAAUAAUUUAGGGUUGGUAAGUUUUCCUAAUCAAGGAAUUUAGGGGAAGAACAACAAUCAUAAAUCACAUUACAAAUGUUUGAAAAAGAAAAAGACUCGAAGAAUGUCAAGAUGAAGCAGUAAUAAACCGCCAACUCCAAGACCCGCCGUCGACUCCAGAACCUUCUACACGGACUUGGAUUGUCUGAAUUACUGAAACGUAACGCUUCUAAGUCGUUUAGGACACAGGUUUAUGACGUAAUUCCAAAAUAUUCCAUCAUAAUCGUUGAGAAGAAGGACUCGAUUGUAGUUCUUAAUAUCUGGCUGUAUUUUGGAUAGAUUUUUUUUAGGCAACUUGUUUAGCUGAUAUUAAGCACACAGACAUAACUUUACUGGACUGAAUCCUGGAAAAAUCCGUUGAGUUCCAUGUCUUUCUGAGCGGUGAAUAGAAGAUUUGGAGACCAUUGCAGUCAUGGCUUUCACAAAUUACAGCAGUCUGAACCGAGCUCAACUAACUUUUGAGUAUCUGCACACAAAUUCAACUACUCAUGAAUUCUUGUUUGGUGCUCUUGCUGAACUGGUUGAUAAUGCAAGAGAUGCUGAUGCCACCAGAAUAGAUAUUUAUGCUGAAAGGCGAGAAGACCUUCGAGGAGGAUUUAUGCUUUGCUUUUUGGACGAUGGAGCAGGAAUGGAUCCGAGUGAUGCUGCAAGUGUGAUCCAGUUUGGGAAGUCAGCCAAGCGAACACCAGAGUCCACUCAGAUCGGGCAGUAUGGAAAUGGGUUAAAAUCAGGCUCAAUGCGUAUUGGGAAAGAUUUUAUUCUCUUCACCAAGAAAGAAGAUACCAUGACCUGUCUCUUCCUGUCCCGCACCUUUCAUGAGGAAGAAGGCAUUGAUGAAGUGAUAGUUCCAUUGCCCACCUGGAAUUCUCGGACCCGGGAACCUGUCACAGACAAUGUAGAAAAGUUUGCCAUUGAGACAGAACUCAUCUACAAGUAUUCUCCUUUCCGCACUGAGGAGGAAGUGAUGACUCAGUUCAUGAAGAUUCCUGGGAACAGCGGAACCCUGGUGAUUAUCUUUAAUCUCAAACUCAUGGACAAUGGAGAGCCCGAACUAGACAUAGUCUCAAAUCCGAAAGAUAUCCAGAUGGCAGAGACCUCCCCAGAGGGAACGAAGCCAGAGAGGCGCUCUUUCCGUGCCUAUGCUGCUGUGCUCUAUAUUGAUCCACGAAUGAGGAUAUUUAUCCAUGGACACAAGGUGCAGACCAAGAGGCUCUCCUGCUGCCUGUACAAUCCUAGGAUGUACAAGUACACAUCAAGCCGUUUCAAGACCCGUGCAGAGCAGGAGGUGAAAAAAGCGGAGCACGUAGCUCGGAUCGCUGAAGAGAAGGCUCGGGAGGCAGAGAGCAAAGCUCGGACUUUAGAAGUACGACUGGGUGGAGACCUCACGCGGGACUCUAGGGUGAUGUUGCGGCAGGUUCAGAACACCGCCAUCACCCUUCGUAGAGAAGCUGAUGUCAAGAAGAGGAUUAAGGAGGCCAAACAACGAGCACUCAAAGAACCUAAGGAAUUAAAUUUUGUUUUUGGUGUCAACAUUGAACACCGAGACCUUGAUGGUAUGUUCAUCUAUAACUGUAGCCGCCUCAUCAAGAUGUAUGAGAAAGUAGGCCCACAGCUGGAAGGGGGCAUGGCAUGUGGUGGGGUUGUUGGGGUCGUUGAUGUGCCCUACCUGGUCUUGGAGCCUACGCACAACAAGCAGGACUUUGCUGAUGCCAAGGAGUACCGGCACCUGCUUCGGGCAAUGGGGGAGCACCUAGCACAGUACUGGAAGGACAUUGCCAUUGCCCAGCGUGGAAUCAUCAAGUUCUGGGAUGAUUUUGGCUAUCUUUCUGCCAACUGGAACCAGCCCCCAUCUAGUGAGUUGCGUUUCAAACGCCGGAGAGCUAUGGAAAUCCCAACCACUAUCCAGUGUGAUUUGUGUCUGAAGUGGAGAACCCUCCCCUACCAGAUGAGUUCAGUGGAAAAAGAUUACCCUGACACCUGGGUUUGUUCCAUGAACCCUGAUCCUGAGCAGGACCGGUGUGAGGCUUCUGAACAGAAGCAGAAGGUUCCCUUGGGAACAUUGAAAAAGGACACAAAGACACAAGAAGAGAAGCAAAAGCAGCUGACAGAGAAAAUUCGCCAGCAGCAGGAGAAGUUAGAGGCUCUUCAGAAAACCACACCUAUCCGCUCACAAGCUGACCUGAAGAAAUUACCCCUAGAAGUGACUACCAGACCGUCCACUGAGGAACCUGCGCGGAGAUCUCAGCGUCCUCGGUCGCCCCCAUUACCUGCUGUGAUCAAGAAUGCCCCGAGCAGACCCCCUUCCCUGCAGACUGCCAGAUUAACCAAUCAAUCUCGAAAGGCUCCUGUCAUCAGCAGCUCCCCAAAGCCUCCUGUUCUGACAGCCCGGGCAGAAGCCAGUACCUCCAGGCUGCUCAAUUCAGCUGAUCCACCCCGAAAGCCUCUGAGUGUUCCCAUCAAGGCUGCAUCCCGGCCUGCCCCUGUGGUGCAGCCAUCGCCAUCAUCUCUACUGCCCAACUCCAAGAACCCUCGAGAGAUCCCUCCCCCCAAAGCCAUUAAGAAUCCAGUGGUCAAGAAACCAGAGCCGCCAGUUAGACUCUCCGCGGCUAAUCGGAAGCGGAGUCUUGUGAUCUCUGAUGAGGAAGAUACUGAGGAAGAAGCUGAGAAGAGGAAGGAGAGGUGCAAACGGGGCAAGUUUGCUGUGAAGGAGGAAAAGAAGGAAUCAAAUGAGGUCACUGGAGAUGCCUCCUUGCAGCAAUCAGACAGUGCUGGGGAAGAGGACCAAGCUGAACUCAAAAAUGCUCAGAAAGAUAAAGGGCUGCACGUAGAGGUUCGUGUGAAUAAGGAGUGGUACACUGGCCGUGUGACAGCUGUAGAAUUGGGCAAGAAUGUGGUACGGUGGAAGGUGAAGUUUGACUACGUGCCUACAGACACAACGCCAAGAGACCGCUGGGUGGAGAAAGGCAGUGAAGACGUGCGGCUGAUGAAGCCACCUUCUCCAGAGUAUCAAAGCCCUGACACACAGCAAGAAUGUGGAGAAGAGGAGGAGGCUGUGUUGGUCCAGCAGCCUGUGGCCUUGGUGGAGCCCUCUACCUCUGACUGUGCCCGCAUAGAGCCAGAUACCACUGCCCCAAACACCAGCCAUGAGACCAUUGACUUGCUGGUCCAGAUUCUCCGGAAUUGCUUACGGUAUUUUCUGCCUCCGAGUUUUCCCAUCUCCAAGAAGGAGCUGAGUGUUAUGAAUUCACACGAGCUAAUAUCUUUUCCUCUGAAAGAAUACUUCAAGCAGUACGAAGCGGGACUCCAGAAUCUGUGCAAUUCCUAUCAAAGCCGUGCUGACUCCCGAGCCAAGGCCUCUGAGGAGAAUUUGCGUACCUCUGAGAGGAAGCUCCGUGAGACAGAGGAGAAACUGCAGAAGUUGAGGACCAACAUUGUGGCUUUGCUGCAGAAGGUCCAGGAGGACAUAGACAUCAACACAGAUGAUGAGCUGGAUGCCUACAUCGAAGACCUCAUCACCAAGGGGGACUGAGAGGCCGGGAGCCAGAGAUCCACUUCCCACUCCCUGCCCUUCAAUACAGCAGUUUCCUGGGAAGGAGGGUGCCUUCAUGAGCUGCUGGACUGAUACUUGUUUUGACUUAUAGGACAUGUGUGCUUUUGGAGGAAAAGACUCUUGAAUCUUCCUCCCUGUUUAUAAAUAUUUAUUUUUUAAAGAGACGAUGCUGCGCCUGCUGUGAGACCAUACAUUUUGUGCCUGUGACUCUCAGGCACAGGAUGGAAAACCUUCCCAUUUUUGCCACACUGGGUGACUGAGCCUGAGCCACUUCAGCUCCUGGCUCCUCACAGUAGUGGUGAGGCUAGUGCCAGGGUAAGGUUGGAGAAGCUCCAGGGAUGGCAGAGGUUUCUCUCCUAGGGGAUAGAAAGUGGAAUCCGGGGGCCGCAGGUGGGCAAGAGUCCUCCAGAGCUGUGUGAUCCCAGGAAGCCCCUUUCUCGGGGACCCAACAAGGCUGUGGUCAGAGCAGGCUCAGCAUCUGAAGGGACUCUUCCCUCAUAGCUCCUGUCUUUUGUCUGGGGUCCUCAAGUCUGCAAUUAACCCACGUGGUGGUGGCAUUGUCAUUUGGGGAAGAAAGCUCUGUUCAGCCUCCCUGUGCACCACCUAAGUUUUCUCUGGGGGAGCAGUUCCUCAGCCACGGACCACCAGGUUUCCAGUCUUGGUAGUUCACAUCAAGGUUGAGGAGCAGAUACUCUGAUGGGUCAGCCCUCUGGCCUGAGUAGCACUCCAGGUGUUGAGUCCAAAGGAUUGAUUCCUCAGGGAAGGUGCAGGAGUGUGAAGGUGGCCUCUCAAGGAAGAGGCCUCCGUCCAUGGCUGCCUCAGUGGUACUGGUUCCUGCUGCUUUUCUACUAUCUCUUGUGCCCCAUGGAACACAAAAAGGAAGGGACCAGGGAACCUCUCGCUUCAGGGACUUCAGCAAGCACACUUGGCCUUCCCUCCUUGCUGGGUCACAGCCCCAGAAGCCGUGUCCUUUAGACAACUUCUCAGGGUCAAAAAAUGCUGCUGAGUUUUCUCUAAUGAACAUUGGAAGAACUGGUUCCAUUCCCCACCACUCUUUUUUUCCUACUCCUUAUCCGGGGCCUCAAGGCGUUAAGAACUUUGGCCUGUACCACUGACCUGUGAUUCAUACUCUCUUGGAUGUUUCUACAAUUUACCUACCCCAAGUCAGCAGUGGCAUCCUGCUGCCCAGUGCGGUCUCCAGAAGUCAGGGAAGCCAUGCACGGGACCUUGGCCGCAAUGGAAUCUGAUGGCCUUUCCCACUUGUGCGGGAAGCACUUGUGACAGGUAGGUCCUGCAUUUCCUCAGACCAGGUCCCUGGGAGAAGGCUGGGGCAUCACUGCUCAGAAGUGAUCCUCUUCCUCUGGAACAUUUUAAGCAUCUGGGGUUUCUUGAACUGGCAAUUCCCACUUACCCAGCUGUCAGAUGACCCUUAGGCAGUUAGUUUGUGGGCUACUUUUGUCCCCAAACCUGUUUCCAUCUGAAAGGAAGUUGAUCCUACAUUUUUAUUGGAGGGUUGAAUUAAAAUAUUCAAGUUUUUUACUUACAUGUCAUCAAAAUGCAAUACUAUAAACUCUUCAUGAGACUCCCAAAUUGUGCUCUGUGAAAUCCAGUAUCACCUUCUUCUAUUUUCUUGUACCUUGUGACUCUAAUGGUGUUCAAGAUCUUUCCCAUCUCCACUCAUUUCAGUUGCAUUCUCCCAAAACACCCACAGAAAGGGAAAGACUGAACUUGCCAAAUGUUUUAGCUUCACUCUAGAGGUGUGUGAUCCAACUUCUGCAGAUGUUUUACCAGGCAGAGCUGCUGGUGUUCUGGAUAGGAAGACAAAAUGCAGUGCCUGUGUCCCUGUGGGCCAGUCAGCAUGGAGGGGGUCUAAUGAUGUAGGAGGGCAGAGGUGGGCUGGGUCCACCUGUGACAGAAGGGCCUCAGGCCUGGCUUGUAAGUAGAACAUGUGCAUGGUAAAAAUCCAACACUACAAGGCUGGGCUGUGGAAAGCAAGUCUCUGGUGCGCGUGUGCGCACACGCACACACCACACACACACACAUACACCCUUCUGUUUCCACCUGUUUUACCAAGUGUAUCUUAAAGCCUGUUUCAAAGUGAUUUAUUAUAUGGGUCGUCUUUAUUCUGAACCACCCCACAGGGAAUUUCAUUGUCUUUGGUAAACUGUCAUUUAACAGUUUUCCGGAGUUAUAAACAUUUGGGUUUUGAACAGUUUUGAAA